UGACACAUGAGGGACAUGGGUUGUAGCUAGCCGGCCACAUACUACUGUAUGAAAACAACUUUGCUAUGAAUAUCCGUGCUUGACAUGCCUGUUUCUUUAUGUCUAAUGCGAGGACGUCUUUUUAGUGACGCGAUUACACCAUGUUCAGGCAGACCAGGACCAUUUUAAAGAAACUUAGAUAUUUAAGUUUUCAAGGACAGAAACCAUGGAGAUACAGCAGCACUUCAGCGAGAGAGAGGGCACUUCAGUAUAAAGCCGGACAGCAAAUCCAUGGCUUUACGGUUACCGAGGUUACUGCCGUUCCGGACCUAUUCCUCACAGCUGUAAAAUUGACCCAUGAGAAUACUGGAGCCCAGUACCUGCAUGUGGCGCGGGAUGAUUCCAACAACCUCUUCAGCGUUCAGUUUCGGACGACCCCGAUGGAUAGCACCGGGGUGCCUCACAUCUUGGAGCACACGGUGCUGUGUGGCUCACAGAAGUAUCCGUGCAGGGACCCCUUCUUCAAGAUGCUCAACCGCUCCCUCUCCACGUUCAUGAACGCUUUUACUGCCAGUGAUUACACCAUGUAUCCGUUUUCUACCCAAAAUGGUAAAGAUUUCCAGAACCUCCUCUCAGUUUACCUGGACGCAGUGUUCUUCCCAUGCCUUCGAGAGCUCGAUUUUUGGCAAGAGGGGUGGAGACUAGAAAAUGAAAACCCUACAGAUCCAAACACACCUCUCGUCUUUAAAGGGGUCGUCUUCAAUGAAAUGAAGGGAGCGUUUACGGACAGCGAGAGGUUAUAUGCUCAGCACCUGCAGAAUAAGCUGUACCCUGACCACACGUACUCUGUGGUGUCCGGCGGAGAGCCUCUGGCCAUUCCUGAUCUGACCUGGGAACAGCUGAGGCACUUUCAUGCUACUCACUACCACCCCAGCAAUGCACGCUUUUUUACAUACGGAGAUCUUCCUCUGGAGCAGCACCUGAAGCAGAUCCAGGAGGAAGCGCUGUGCAAGUUUGAGCGCAUGGAGCCCAACACUGCUGUCCCGGCACAAACACACUGGGGAGCUCCUAGAGAAGAUCAUGUGACGUGCGGCCCUGAUGCGUUAGCCCCCGACCCCGCCAAACAGAACACACUGUGUAUGAGCUACCUUCUGGGAGACAUUACAGACACGUUUGAGGCUUUUACUCUGGGCCUGCUGUCCUCUCUGAUGAUCUCCGGACCCAAUUCCCCCUUCUACAAGGCCUUGAUCGAGCCCAAGAUCGGAACAGACUUCUCCUCGGUUGUAGGAUAUGAUGGAAGCACGAAGGAGGCGUCGUUCAGCAUCGGCCUGCAGGGAAUGGCCGAAGGUGACAUCGAGCACGUGAAGCAGAUCAUCAGCCAAACCAUAGACGACAUUAUUGCCAACGGCUUUGAGGAGGAGAGGAUAGAGGCCCUCCUUCACAAAAUAGAGAUCCAGAUGAAGCAUCAGUCCACCAGUUUCGGCCUGUCCCUGGCGUCUUACGUUGCUUCCUGUUGGAAUCAUGACGGAGACCCGGUGGAGCUCUUAAAGAUCAGUGACAACGUGACAAAGUUCAGGCAGUGCCUCAAGGACAAUCCCCUCUACCUUCAGGAAAAAGUCAAGCACUACUUCAAGGAUAACACCCACAGACUGACCCUGUCCAUGAGUCCUGAUGAGGCUUACUUCGAGAAGCAGGCCAAAGCAGAGCAGGAUAAGCUCCAGCAGAAGGUCCAGGCUCUGUCCGAAAAUGACAGGAAAGAGAUUUAUGAGAAAGGUUUGCAGCUGUUAUCCGCUCAGAGCGCAGUGCAAGAUGUGUCAUGCCUCCCUGCUCUGAAAGUGUCAGACAUCGAGCCAACGAUCGCAAUCACACCUGUGCAAAUAGGAACUGCUGGGGGAGUCCCAGUGCAGUACUGCGAGCAGCCCACCAAUGGAAUGGUGUAUUUCAGAGCAAUGUGCAGUCUCAAUACCCUUCCAGAAGACCUCAAAAUCUACGUCCCACUCUUCUGCAAUGUUAUCACCAAGCUGGGCUGUGGAGUCAUGGAUUACAGACAGCAGUCGCAGCAGAUUGAGCUGAAGACAGGGGGCAUGUCCAUCUCCCCGCAGGUCAUCCCGGAUUCAACAGACCUGGACAUGUACGAACAGGGAGUCCUUAUUUCAUCAUCCUGUCUGGAGAGGAAUCUUCCAGACAUGUUUCACCUGUGGGGUGAAAUAUUCAACAGUCCCCAUUUUGACGAUGAGGAGCGCCUACGUGUGCUGGUUAUGAUGGCAGCCCAGGAACUGUCCAAUGGGAUUUCUUACUCUGGUCACAUGUAUGCCAUGACCAGAGCUGGACGCACGCUGACACCUAGUGGAGAUCUCCAGGAGACUUUUGGAGGAAUGGACCAAGUGAAAUUCAUGAAGCGGAUUGCAGAGAUGUCAGACCUCACAGCAGUGCUGCGAAAGCUGCCACGGAUCAAGAGGCAUCUCCUCAGCCCUGAGAACAUGAGGUGUGCAAUUAAUGCCACGCCUCAGAAGAUGUCUGACUCCUCCGUAGAGGUGGAGAAGUUUGUGAACAACAUUACUACCAAGAAGAAGGAUCGGAAACCAGUCAGGCCGCAUAUUGUCGAGAGGCCUCUUGACCCAUUGCUGGCUCCUGGAUCUGAUGCAACUCGAAAACUCAUUUCUGAACCAAAUUUCAAGCCGUGUCAGCUGAAGACCUAUUUCCAGCUCCCGUUUCCUGUGAACUUUGUCAGUGAGUGCGUCCGCACCGUCCCUUUCACUGAUCCAGACUACGCCAGCCUCUGCAUACUCGGGCGGAUGAUGACGGCUAAAUUCCUGCACGGAGAGAUCCGGGAGAAAGGCGGGGCCUAUGGGGGCGGAGCCAGGAUGGGGCGUGGAGGACUGUUCUCAUUCUAUUCAUACAGAGACCCGAACUCCAUCCAGACGCUGUCGGCCUUCAGGAGUGGAGUGGAGUGGGCCAAAGCGGGGGAGUUCACGCAGCAGGACAUCGACGAGGCCAAGCUCUCCGUCUUCUCCGCCGUCGACGCCCCGGUGGCUCCCUCGGAUAAAGGCAUGAAUCUGUUUUUAAACGGCGUUUCGGAUGAGAUGAAGCAGAGGCACAGGGAGCAGCUCUUCGCCGUCACAGCCAAAAACCUGACCGAUGCGGCUAGCAGGUAUCUUGGAAUCGGCCAGAGAACUUGUGGCGUAGCCAUUCUAGGUCCGGAAAAUGAAAGUAUCAAGAAGGAUCCUUCCUGGAUUGUGAAAUAAUCAAAAAUGGCUUCAACAGCAAAAACCAGCCUGUCCUACAGUACAGAGUCAAACCUUACGGUGUCAUAACCUCCAGCAUUCCGUUAUCGAAAGCAUAGCACUGGGUGUAUUGUAGGUCAUUUAAAAAUGCGUAGACUGGUCAAAUGACGUACAACUGUAAACUGAGCAUCUGACUAGGAGGAAUCAUGUUCCUCCGAACAAAAAGUAAUUUUAAUAGUUUACCUAACAGAUACGCACAACGCAGCACAUGCUGUUGUACUGUAGGUCUAUCUAUGUUAAACAGCCUCAGCUCGGAGUACUUACAGGUAUGAAGCGGCGCAGUUCAUCAAAUGUUAGACAUUUGCUACAACAUUAAAUGUUAUUUAUAAAGUCUUGUGGACUCAUCUUUUGUCAUAAAUACGUGCAUGUACUUUUAGCUGUCAUUUGUCAUUUAGCAGAUGCUCAUAUCCAGAGCGACUUACAAUUUUCACGUCGUCCAUUUAUUCAGCUAUUUACUGACGCAAUUCUGGGUUUAUGUACCUUGCCCAAGGGUACGGUGGCAGCGGCCAAGCGGGGAAUUUACCCAGCAACCUUUCGGUUAUGAGCCCUGCUCCUUACCACUGUGCUACACUGCCGUCUCACCUUUAGUCUGCAGCGUGUGUUGCACGGUGCCAGACUCAGACCUGUGAAUCCCGUCCAGCUGUGCCAUGAAUUACUGCCUCUCCGUCUCAAUGUCAUAAUGUCUUGCAGCUCAAAAUGUCUGACGCCUGGAGCCAGUCUCGGUACCCUUUUGUGUGCUUUUUUCGAGAGCUCCUUGUAAUAUGCUGUCCAGAUGUGGACACGGUACCCUAAAUGUGGUCUGAUGAAGACAAUGUGCAACAUAAAUGUGACCUCCUUUGAUUUAUACACCAUAGUUAUUUUUAAAUAUCCCAGCAUGCUGUUUGCCUUAGUC